UGUGUAGAGCAAACCACAAAUCAGAUGCAAACGGAUUCUUUGUCUCCCUCUCCUAACACUGUGUCGCCAGUGCCUUUAAGUAACCCCACAAGUGCCCCAAGGUUUGGAACAGUUAUUCCUAAUCGCAUCUUCGUUGGAGGAAUUGAUUUUAAGACUAAUGAGAAUGACCUAAGGAAGUUUUUUUCCCAGUAUGGCUGUGUUAAAGAAGUAAAAAUAGUAAACGACAGAGCAGGAGUAUCAAAGGGGUAUGGUUUCAUCACAUUUGAAACUCAGGAAGAUGCGCAAAAGAUUCUCCAAGAGGCUGAGAAGCUAAAUUAUAAAGAUAAGAAACUGAACAUUGGUCCAGCAAUAAGAAAACAACAAGUAGGGAUUCCUCGAUCCAGUAUAAUGCCCGCAGCUGGUACAAUGUACUUGACGACGUCCACUGGAUAUCCUUACACGUACCACAAUGGUGUGGCUUAUUUCCAUACUCCUGAAGUUGCCUCCGUUCCACAGCCAUGGCCUUCACGUUCUAUUUCCAAUUCCCCUGUAAUGGUAGCCCAACCUGUAUAUCAACAACCUGCAUAUCAUUAUCAGGCUCCAGCACAGUGUCUUCCAGGACAAUGGCAGUGGAGUAUUCCACAGUCUCCUGCCUCCCCCACCUCCUUCUUUGUUGAUAAACUACUAGUGGAAUACAUCUGCCCCAGAAGAACAGUUCUUUCUAGAUUAAUUAAUUGGCCAUAUUCGGAUCAUGGCGUUCAAGCAGCCUACCACCAAGUUUACGCUCAAAGUGCCAUUGCCAUGCCAGCCCCUGUGAUGCAGCCGGAGUCUAUUAAAGAAGCCAAGAUACACUCCGUGAGGAGAAAUUUCUCCCAUUCUUCAUCUAUGAGUCUGAAGCCUCGAUAUGCGCGGAGUCCCCAUUUUCAUCCUAGAAAAGAUUACAGAUCAGACGACACAAUGCUUACUACUCCUUCCUCGACAGACUCUGUUAAAUAG